AUGCCGCCACCCUCCACCACGACACUCAAGAGGUCCCACCAUACGAGCGACCCCAGCGAUCGACAACCAACCACUACGGCCCCGACCCCCCAACGGCUUGUGAACCUCGUCCUGCAAAGACUAGCCACUGCUCUGGAAGACAUGGCUGGCAGAGGGCCGAGUCUGACUGAUAUCCUCAUGAGUACCACGCGUACUGUACAGCAGAGCAUGACCUCGCGGAAGCGCCCUCUUUCGCCACCAGAGUUCAAGACCUUGGCUGAGAUUCAGCGUGACGCAGACUUGGGUAGGCUUGCAGGUGAGGAGGAGGAGAACACCGCGCGCGAUACCCCUGUGGAAGACAGUGGGGCGGGAGAGCCAGACGUAGAGUGGUCAAAGUGGCUCAAGCAGUGA